AUGGACCAGUCUGUGGCAGUUCAGGAGACACUGGCUGAGGGGGAAUAUUGCAUCAUCGCGGUGCAAGGCAUGCUGUGUGAGGGAGACAGUCGGCAGAGUCGCCUCCUGGGGCUUGUCCGCCACCGCCUGGAACACGGUGGCCAGGAAUACGCCCUCUUCCUGUACACGCACCGGAGGAUGGCCAUUACUGGGGACGAUGUUUCUUUGGACCAGAUUGUGCCGGUCUCAAGGGAUUUUUCACUGGAAGAAGUGUCUCCAGAUGGUGAACUCUACAUCCUUGGGUCAGAUGUGACCGUCCAGCUGGAUACCUCAGAGCUCAGCCUUGUAUUCCAGCUACCCUUUGGCUCACAUACCAGGAUGUUCCUCCAGGAAGUUGCCAGGGCCUGUCCAGGUUUCGAUCCUGCUACCCAGAACCCUGAGUUCCAGUGGCUAUCUCCAUACAGGUGCACAGAGUUGGAGCCAGAAUUGCGGGAAUCGCAGACACAGCGGCGUUGGAACUCGGCCGCAGGUACCUGGCCAGGGUGAGAGAGAAUUGGCGGAGGCAGGGAUCUGUCCCAGAAGCGGUAGCGCUGAUUGGAGGAGGCCCAGCUGCAGGAGGCGGGCUCCGUUCUGUUUGGGGCGAGGCGCUAGCACAGAGGAGCCUUCAAUUGGUCGAGGUGCCGUGUAGGGGCGGGGCGGAGCGGGCGGGGUAGGCGGUGGGAUGAAGCGCUGGAGGAACCAAGAGAGGAAAUGUCCGCCGGCGCCGAUUCGCGGGAGCGCGACUCUGCAGGUGGUUCUAACUUUGAUGAUUCGAGGCCAAAUGGGAAAGGUCUGCUUGGAGACCAAGGUUCCUGGGGUCAGGAUAAACCAGAAAAUGUGUUCACAAGACAGAAUAAAUCCAAGUCUGACUUUACCAACAUGGUUCGCUCCUCCACUAUCACAGUGUCAGACAAGGCACAUAUUUUAUCGAUGCAGAAGUUUGGACUGCGAGAUACAAUUGUGAAAUCACACCUAAUACAGAAAGAAGAGGAUUAUACCUAUAUCCAGAACUUCAGGUUCUUUGUGGGAACAUACAAUGUCAAUGGCCAGUCCCCUAAAGAAUGCCUCCAACCCUGGCUAAGCGAUGGUAUCCAGGCUCCAGACGUGUACUGUGUCGGGUUCCAGGAGCUUGAUCUGAGUAAGGAAGCUUUUUUCUUUCAUGACACCCCAAAGGAAGAAGAGUGGUUUAAAGCCGUAACAGAUGCUCUGCAUCCAGAUGCCAAAUAUGCAAAGGUGAAGCUCAUCCGACUGGUUGGGAUCAUGCUGCUGUUGUAUGUCAAGCAAGAACAUGCAGCGUACAUCACAGAAGUGGAAGCGGAGACUGUGGGGACAGGAAUCAUGGGGAGGAUGGGUAACAAAGGAGGCGUGGCGAUCAGGUUCCGGUUCCACAACACGAGCAUCUGCGUCGUGAAUUCUCAUCUGGCCGCCCACACCGAAGAGUAUGAGAGGAGGAACCAGGACUACAGAGACAUUUGUUCCCGAAUGCAGUUUUGUCAGAUUGACUCAAGCCUGCCUCCUCUCACCAUUAACAAGCACGAUGUGAUCCUGUGGCUGGGGGACCUCAACUACAGGAUAGAAGAGCUGGAUGUGGAAAAAGUGAAAAAGCUCAUUGAAGAGAAGGCCUUUCAAACCCUGUAUGCAUAUGAUCAGUUGAAAAGUCAGGUGGCUGCAAAGGCUGUCUUUGAAGGCUUCACAGAGGGCCAGCUCACGUUCCAGCCUACUUAUAAGUACGAUACUGGCUCUGAUGACUGGGAUACCAGUGAGAAGUGUCGUGCUCCUGCCUGGUGUGAUCGGGUCCUCUGGAAAGGGAAGAACAUCACUCAGCUGAGUUACCAGAGCCACAUGGCCCUGAAGACCAGUGACCACAAGCCCGUCAGCUCAGUAUUUGACAUUGGGGUGAGGGUCGUAAAUGAAGAGCUUUACCGGAAGACUCUGGAAGAGAUUGUGCGCUCCCUGGAUAAGAUGGAAAAUGCAAACAUUCCUUCUGUUUCCCUCUCCAAGCGAGAGUUCUGUUUUCAGAAUGUGAAGUACAUGCACUUGCAAGUAGAAUCCUUCACAAUUCAUAAUGGACAAGUACCUUGUCAGUUUGAAUUCAUCAACAAGCCUGAUGAAGAGUCCUACUGUAAGCAGUGGUUGAAUGCCAAUCCCAGCAGAGGGUUCCUCCUACCAGAUUCUUACAUUGAAAUUGAAUUGGAGCUAUUUGUAAAUAAGACCACGGCUACAAAGCUCAACUCGGGUGAAGACAAAAUUGAGGACAUUCUGGUUUUACACUUGGAGAGGGGAAAGGAUUACUUUUUGUCUGUGUCUGGGAACUAUCUGCCCAGCUGUUUCGGGUCUCCCAUUCAUACAUUGUGCUACAUGAGGGAGCCAAUCUUGGACCUACCACUUGAAACUGUUAGAGAGCUGACUCUGAUGCCAGUACAGACUGAAGAUGAUGGGAGCCAGUUGGAGAAGCCCAUGGAAAUCCCCAAAGAGCUAUGGAUGAUGGUUGAUUACCUGUACCGAAAUGCUGUCCAGCAGGAAGAUCUGUUUCAGCAGCCUGGCCUGAGGUCAGAAUUUGAGCAUAUCAGGGACUGUUUGGACACUGGAAUGAUUGAUAACCUCUCUGCUAACAAUCAUUCCGUAGCCGAGGCCUUGCUGCUUUUCCUUGAGAGUCUGCCAGAGCCUGUCAUCUGUUACAGCACCUACCACAACUGCUUGGAGUGUUCUGGCAACUACACAGCGAGUAAACAGGUCAUUUCCACUCUCCCCACAUUCCACAAAAAUGUCUUUAACUACUUGAUGGCGUUUUUGCAAGAAUUGCUGAAAAAUUCAGCAAAAAAUCAUUUGGAUGAGAAUAUUCUAGCGAGCAUAUUUGGCAGCUUGCUCCUUCGAAGCCCAGCUGGUCACCAAAAGCUUGAAAUGGCAGAGAAGAAGAAGGCCCAAGAAUUUAUUCACCAGUUCCUCUGCAACUCACCCUGAAC